AUGGCUCAGAAUGACACGGACCGCCUUAUUAUGGUACUUCUGCUCAUUGUUUUCCCGGUCAGUUUCAUGCUCAAUUCCUCCAAAAUCAGUCCGAUUUUUGCAGCCGCUGGGAGUGCUUCUGAAGAGCAACGGCUUCUCCGCGGCAGUAUAUUUCUCCUUCUUCCUCUACCUCCUGUUCGUGAUUCCCUCCUACGUUUUCUCAGUUUGGUACUGUUUCGUCGAACAGCGACACGACAGCAUUCUGCCCUUAAACGCCAACAAUUUCAACAAUAAUUUAUCACUAAACAGUCUUUCAGCAAUAGUCAGUCACAAGGAUGUACAAGUAUACUGA